AUGCCUCAAAGCAAAGGCAAUCGGUACACCCCUUAUAAGCGAGCCACAACUGCGCAGGUCAACCCUCAAGAUCAGGGCCAAAGAGGUCACAGUUGUCCUCAAGCUUCUGGAAGUCAAGUUCACCGGGGUUCUCAAUCUUCUGGAAGUCAAACCAACCGUUCUGCACAAGCUUCCAAAAACACAGUCAAGCAUACUGUUACUAGUCUGAAGAAGGGCCAGACCAAACUCCAGUCGAACAAGGACACCAAUCCCUUCGGACAUACUUCAACUGUUUCAAAGAAGGGCAAGACCAAACGCCAGCCAACCACAGACACCGAAGACUCUCAGCAAGGCUCUUGCAAAUCUCCAGUCCAAUCCAACAACAUGAUAUAG